UCAAAAUAAACAUUCGCUGAGAAGCGACUCGUCUAACCAGAGUUGCGUGACUGACGGACAGACAGCCAGGCCGACAGACAGUGGUUGUGCUGUUUAAAUGCCGCACUAUGACAGCCGUGGAGCAAGUACCGCCGCCGACUAAAGAGAUGGAGUCGUCCCUCGAUCCAGAGGUUUUGAAGAGAGCAGAUGGUGGAUCAGAAGAGGACCAACUUAUUGUGGGCAAACAUUUCUUGGUAUUGGCUCAGUCUGGGGUCAAUGAAGAGAAAAACGGCACCGAGGCUGUGAAAUGGCUCAUCAUGGCAUCAAAACAAGGCAACGAACCUGCAACAGAACUCCUCUGUCACUGCAAGGAUACACAAAUGGGAAUCACAGAACAGAAUGAAGAACUCAUUAAAUGGUGUAUAAAUACGUCUGCAAUGGAGAAGAAAAUCAGACUUGCUGCCAGGCAGAUGUUUGGCUCUCUCAACAAGACCCACAAAGAAGUGCUGAGCAAAGAUGAGUAUAUGAAAGCCAUAAAGGAAAUCCCAGGCGAUGAACAGGCACGGAAAUUAUUGGCUGCAGCAGGUAAGAAGAUCGGCGAUGCCAUCUCUGAAGAUGCUUUCGUAAAGACCAUCUCCAAGAAGAUCCAAGGAAAGAUUAAUUUGACUGAAGAAGAAGCAGCUGAACAGUCUGAGGUGUACAAGAGAUCAAGCGUUUGGUCAAAGGUUAUGAAACAUCCGAUGACUACGAUCAAAGUUUGUGUCCAGCACGUGUUGGAAGUGGCAUCAACUCGAGGAACCAGUUGGCUGCUCUCUCUCAUCCCGACCCGACAAAUCUAUUUUAUGUUGCUGCUCUUCGUCUACAGUUUCAUCACUCCAGACCUUAUUUUAUUUAUUUUCCCCCUCUUCUUCUUCUACCUUUCCAUUGCCGCCAUGAUAAUUUCUACCUUGCAGAUGUUCUACAGUCGGCAGAAGCUUUCGGAAACAGCUCGGCUGACGUCCGUGUUGAAGAAUUUCGAGAUUGGCGUCGACAUUGAGAAUGUCGAAUCUCAGUUCUGCUGGAAUUCUAUGGCGCCGUAUAUAGUCUUUUUCCUGUCGGUUUUUACUACAGUUUUCAAUUUUUCUCUGGCCGACAAAAUGUACAUACCGUGUUCGGAGUUUUGUGUUAUCUCCCUGCUGUUAGCCAUUAGUUGUUUUAUUGCAUUAAGUGACAGCUACGACCACCUGACCCUAGCAUGUUUGGCUACCAACUUACUUGCCUCUCUUCCGACACUUAUGAAAAAUUUCCCAGACAUCCCUAUUAUAGUCCAACUCCUCCGUUUCAUCUCGUCCCCGUUGUUUGUGAUCAAUAUUGGGCUUGGAUUCAACUUCAACUUCAGCCUCCCGUCCGGUGCCUUCAUCACCCUCCUCUUCCUCUUCAUAUUCAUGGCUAGGAAGAAAUCCUGGCAAGGAUUCUACCGUGUCCUCGUUCCUCACCUGGUCUGCUAUUUUUGGUGGAACUUUGCCAUAAUACUCUUUACUUACACCACCUGGUGGACCUUGGCUCGCGCCACCGUCGGUUACCUCAUGCUGCCCCUGUUAGUGCCACUUUCGUUCUUGACUGCUUGCCUGUCCGUUCUCUACUUCAUUUUCAGAAUUGUACAAUCAGCAGUGUUCGGUAAAAUUCUGACGACUGCUAUUCUGCUCGGGAUUCCACUUGCUCUCACGCAAAGCCACCUUUUGCUCGGAGACCAAAUCAGCUCGAAAUACCGAGUCGCAAAACGAAUUGCAAUCGCCAUUUUCUGUGUCAUUGCUAUUGUUCCUUUGUUCUUCAUUCAGAUUCCUGCGAUGCACGAAGAGACUCAGAGUCAGUUGACAUGGCCUGAAUACAUGCAACGUUGCAGCAGUAUUCCUCCAGGUGAGACCAAAGCGACAACUGCAAUACGCUGUUCGCACCUGCAAGGAAUAAAAGUCGCAUGGAACGGUACAAUUGAAGACAUAACCAUUACAAAAGUGGAGAAUUCGGCAGAGAAAUUUCUUGAGAGUAUACCACUGUUUAUAGCAAAUCAUUUACGCUGUGCCUACGGAGAAGCUUAUGACUGUAAGGAAGAAAACUUUGAAAAUACGGUCGACUACAAACAUUGCCAGCAAAUGAUGUCUCUUGGCAGGACCUGUCACCUCAAAGAAUAUGAUUACUAUACGUUUAAGGUAUUUGUUACCAUGCAAGGAUCUUACAUUCAAUGUUCGUUGCUGGCAGAUUACCGUUUCCAAGACCAGCUGUUGACUUUACGAGUUGGAGAUCGUGUAAGAUUCAUUGGCCUGAUUGCACAAAAUUUGGCCCUGGGUGACCCUAUUCUUCAUCUCCGCUAUAUAUCUACUGAAGACCGAGAUUUGCCUCAGAUGAUAGAAAUUAAGGAAAUCCAAGACAUUUUCCGAAUGAAGUUAGUCGAGAUGUUAUCAAUAAUGGUUCGAUUCUUCAUGUUUCCUUUAUUUGAGUUUGCUUACAAUUAGAACUCUUGACGGUAAAUUAACUGUUCACAUUACAUAUACAUAUAUGUAUACACACGUAUAUGGAUACACACACACACACAUAUAUCCAUGUAAGAUAGAUGUGUGUGUGUGCAUACAUAUGCAUGUGUGU